AUGGCGCUUCACGACAAUAUGACCACGAUAACGCCACCGAGCGGCAGCCGUCAGCCUGCGACGCCGUCCACGUCCGUUUCAUCGGUUCGUGCCAUUGUCAGUUGGCUCGAAAAGUCGGGUCGUAGCGAGGAUGUGGCAAACAGGACCGGUGGGAGUGUUCGUGGGAAAAUCGCAACUGGACGUGUAGCUGCGGCCCAUUUCCCGACUCCGUCGCCAGACUGUCGACCGCCAGGUUCCAGCCGGCCGGCCGUCGUGGCAAACGAGUCUUCGAUCAUCAAGGAUGAUGGGCAGACUACAAAUCGGACGACGGAAAAUAGGCUCAAUAAGAUGCCGGAAAACGUUUCAGAGAUUCAUACCAUAUGUCAAGAAAAGGUCCAAGAAAAUACGGCAGGGAAAGGUGUUGGCAACGUUGCUGUGGCCCCCGUGACGGCGUUUGGCAAAGCCCUCGAAAGCAUCUCGGUCAAAAUGCUAACAAAAGCCGACGCUUCGCUUUCUCCAAACCCUGCCUCGCCACCUGUCACGUUCUCGCAGACGAAGCACACGCUCUUCCCACGCAAUGCCUCUCCCGUGCGACGCAUCAACACCGCCUCGACUGCUUCACUGCCCACCUCUAGCUUCGACAGGGAUGGGCCGAUCGCCUCACCAGUCACACCGACAACGCCAUGCUGGCGCCGCCGACAGUUUGCCGAGGACCAUUGCGAUCGAUCAGCCCUCGUGCGUGCAUCGGCGUCUCUCCCCGCUAUGCCUCCCACGCCAACAACACCAACAACGCCCACACCCGCGACGCCCAUGCGAGCCCCGGCCGAGUACAGUGAGACGCCCGAAGACUACUCCCUGACACUGUUGCGGUACAAGGCGUACUUUGAACGGCCGUUGGCACGGUCUUUGGCAGGGGAGGACGAAGUGGACGACAAAUGCAACUCGGGUGGCGGAUGCACUAAGAAGAAAGGAGGCGUGCCCACCGAAGCCACCGUCGCGGACGGGCAAGCCUGCCACUGCAUCCCACGUCGGCAGUCAGGUGACGUCGAAGCAUUCUGGGUGCCCGUCCGGCAGUAUCUGCUCAUCACCGACGAAGAACUGUACGAGUCAUAA